AUGAUUCAGCGUAUGCAGGACAUUUGGUGGAAAACUCUCAGGGAGCUUGAUGCUUUGAAGCGUUAUUUGGUGCUGUGUCCCCAGACGUACGACUACAAGUUUGACAAUUCCGUGCGAAAACUGAUCAGACGGGCGUUGUUCCACGCGGUGUCGGACGGCGGGCAGUACUUGGCCCACUUCUUUCCGGGAGAACAGUAUGAGAAUGGUUUUGAAACUUCCGGUAAUGUUUCUGGUGAGGCUUUUGAAUAUGGAUCUAGCCCUAAAUAUGACUCUGGCUCUGAAUCUGACGAUUGGGUUUUGACGCCCCAAGCGCGCGCGGCACACCCGCGGCGGCCGUGUGCGCGUGUGUUUCUCAAAGGUGAGCCCAUCUACCGUUGCCUUACGUGUGGUCUCGACGAAACAUGCGCAAUGUGUGCCGACUGCUACGAUGCAGAUGCGCACAAGGACCACGUGGUCUACAUCAACAUUUGCAUGCGCAGUAACAACGGUGGCACCUGCGACUGCGGUGAUCCUGAGGCGUGGGUGGGGGAUGUGAAGUGCAAGCACUACACAAAAGAGCAAAAGAGCGAUAAAGACAUCCCUGUGCCGUUACAAGCUUCCCUACUCGGAACGUUGGAGGUGGUGUUGGACUACGUUAUUGACGUGAUGAACGGCACAGACAUCUGCUAUCUCUCUGAAAAGCACCAGACACCUGCUGCCUUCAUCGACCACUCCAACAGUUGCGAUUUGGACCCUGCGUACUAUGAACUGGUGCCCGACCCCAACAGCGAGCAGUAUUACUUGAUGCUCUAUAACGAUUAUGUGCGCCACUACCGCGACGCGGUGCAACGCAUCCAUAUGGCUACACGGAAAGUGCCAGAAUUUGCCGAGAUGGUUGCCAAGGAAAUCGAAAAGUACGGCAAGGCCAAGGUUUGGUCGGGCACAGUGAAGGAGUUGCUUGAGAAGCAGCUGUCUUUAGGCGCCACCGGUCUCCACUCCCUGAUCCGCUCCCACAGAGACGUCUUUAGGGAGGAUAUGUGCGAUGAGAUCAUCAGGUGGAUUAAGAGCAUUACCGAGAGUGCGUUCUUCCAGGACUACCAGUUGCCCCGGGACGUGUUGUGCCGGGCGUUCUGCAGUAAAUGGGGGCACGGGGAAAACCGGAUUCCGGAUGACUAUCCCUACCAAACCGGCCGAAUGAACAAUGGUUUGAUCCCCAUCAUCCCCAGGGUCCGUAGUCACCACAACCCUGACUACUGGAAUAUCGAAGCCAAGCGCUGGGAGUUGCCUGAAGAUAUCUGCCUCGAAUGCAGCUAUAAUUUAGAGGCGGGCCGUGAAAACGACUUCCAGGGUGAGCCUUUUGUCGGCUCACGCUUUCAGUACCUCUUGUAUUUCGAUAUCCGCUUCUGGAGCUCAGUGCGCGCCACCUUACACAGCAUAUACGUCACCUCGUUGAUCUCCAACUUGAGGUACAAGAACACAAUCUCCUGCCAGUACGUGGAUAUCUACCCGAGUAUCGCCGAUAUGUUUUUGCGUGUUGACAGAGAGCCCGAGACCAGUUUUAUGUGCGACUUGUCCACACAAUUGUUCACCACGCCUACCGACGCUACUGCCAUCGUCAAACACGGCGAUUUGACCCGAAUUCUCUCCACAAUUUACGGCUUCCUCACCAUGGACUGUAUCGUACCGCCUGAAGGCGUAGACUUAUCCAAACAGGUUCUUUUGUCCUCAUUAAACAACCGAAAAUGGGGGCAAGUCUUCUUUGAUUUGGGCUAUAUCAUCAACCGCAACGAGGAAACACGCUUGCUUUUCACCGGCAAUUUUGUUCGCCAGGCGUGCGAUGUUAUUGCGCUCUUCCAAAGCAGACCAAUUGUUGUGAGAGCUGCCAAGGAACAUGUGGAGUUUGAGUCGAACGACUACACCUUGUACUUCAGUGCCCUCUCAGUGAUCUGUCGCUUUAGCGAAGCCAUAGCCAAGUCCGCCUCCAAGCUCCCCCAUGCAGAUUUCUUCUUGGUAGAAAGCACCCUCACCACCCUCGUUGAUUUGUUGUCUUCCAUCGACAAGGGCGAGUACAGGGGCAUUGUUCCCGGAACCCUUGAUGUGGCGCCAAGCUUGGUAAAACAGUGGAGCGGGUUGGGUAUUAAUGCGAUAGUAUCAGAAUACCCCGUCCACUUGCAGAAUGUAAGUUUUCUUCACCCACUCCACUCGUUCUUCUCAUGGCUCAUUGAGUUGUGCAGCCAGAAAACCCCUCAAAACCUUCUUGCACUUGCGAACCAGCAGUACGUGGGGAUGUACCCGCUUCUUCCGUAUGACUACUCCUUGCGGUCCAUUGUGUUAUUGGCGCAAAUAAAGGUGGGGUUCUGGGUCCGAAACGGAUUCAGUAUCAAGAACCAGCUGCAUAUCUACCGCCACACAAGUGUCCGUGAGUGUGGGUUCAUGCGGGACGUGUUUCUCUGCCAAUCAUUGACGUCGUCCUACCCCCCUGACGAUGUCUGCCUUUUGUUCUUUUAUAGGUGGUCCUUGAUGCCCUGGGUCAGCGGGCAAGUUCAAAACUACUCCGUCUAUGAUAAGGCCAACUUGCCGGGUAUUGUCGAAGAAUGCCUUAACUUCUUUGUAUGGCUCCUUACCGAGAACAUGCACUUGAAGGGUUUGAGCGAAGACUACCUAACACGCACCGUUAUUCGAAAAGAAAUCAUCCACUCGUUGUGUUUCCAAUCCUUGAGCUUUUCGAAGAUUGUCUCUGAGGUUCCCGAACAUGUAGCAAACUUGAAGAAGUUUGAAGCAGUUUUGAAGGAUUUGGCACUGUACACCCCUCCAAGUGGCCUUAACGAUGCAGGGAUCUACAAAUUGAAGGAAAAGUACUUUGAUGAAGUGGACCCGUACUACAUCCACCUCACCUCCAACAAAAGAGAUGAUGCGAUCAAGUUGGUGAAGGAGAGAAUUCAUAAGCGAACCCGGAAACCUCUCAACGAUAUUUACAUUGAGCCUAGAGUGAGUGAAUCGAAUAUCCCUGCGUUCGCCGGGGCCGGAAACUUUACAACCUCGAUUCUCUUUGCCAAGUUCCUUCACAGCACAUUGAACUACACGUUACAAGGUGAUGCCACCAACAAUGAGUCGAUCAUUGACUUGGUUCUCCAUGUUAUUCAUGCGUGUGCGUACGAAAAGUCAGUGACAUCGACCUACCGAAGCUUCUACAAUAUCAUGAUGGACGAACACGACGGCUCGUCGGUUGCGAGCUACAUGUGCCAUAUGUUGACCAUCGAAGGCUUCAAGUCAUACCACUCUAAGAUAAGGGGCAUCUUUGGUGUGUUUGUGUCCAAGUAUCAGGAUGUUGCCGAUAUCUUGUCCCAGAAGUUUCCCGCUCUCAAAAAAGCCCUAGAAGUGGACGCCACGGCCACCGGUGCGGAGCCCGAAGCGGAACACAAGAGGCGUACUGCGAAAGAAAGGAGAGAGCGUGUCAUGGCUGAAUUCAAAAAGAAGCAGUCGCAGUUUGCAGCUACUAACAAGGUUGAUACGAUGGAUGAAAGCGAUGUUGAAAUGGUUGAAGCCGACGAGGCAUUUGCCUGGAAAUUUCCUGAAGAGCACUGCAUCCUCUGCCAGAUGCCCAGUGCGGAGGAAGAGGUGUUUGGGAUCAUAUCUCACCUUUCUAACGCCGCCUCUUUCCGUAAGGUUCCUUUCAACGAUGAAUUCUGGUUAACGAAGGCUUUUACCGGCUCUUCGGACGAAGACAGUCACGGUGAGUUGAAUGAAGCGACCCGUACCUACUUUGACGAAGUCAAGGCAAAAAGCGUGUUUGGUCCAGGGUUUCCAAGCACGUCGCUCGACAAUGUCGAAAGUCGGCCUGUGCUCUCAUCGUGUGGGCAUGGGAUGCAUUUUACUUGCUACAAGAAUUACUUGGUGAACAUCAAGAGUCGCCAGAAUCAAAUCACCAGAACGGUUCCGGAGAACACAGAGGACCGUGAAUUCUUAUGCCCCUUGUGCAAAGCUGUGAACAACGUGUUCGUACCGGUGUUGUGGAACGUCAACAACAAGUCGUUGUCCGAACUAUUGAGUCGGGACGCAGAUGGAAAGUGGCAUGAGCCGUUUGAUCGCAUCGCAGUGAUAGAGGACGAGUCGUUGGUGCUGGAGAUCCAGGAGAAGAUCAAAGACGAAGUCAUUGCGAGAGCAAAACACUGUGUGAAGUCGAAGUAUCUGAAGUUUUUCGAAGCCGAAACCUCACCGGUAGUCGAGAAGUGUGUGAUUGUGAUCGAGUCAGUGUUCCAUGGCUUGCAAAAAUUGAACAGACCGUUCUUGUUUGAUGGUGAUUUUUCGGGGCUUGUGGUUAACACCAUCGAGUCGGUUGAGAUUGCAUUGAGGGGUGUUUCGCCAGAGGGGGGUCAAAUCUUUGACCAGUUGUCUCACCAGGUACUUACAAAUCUCCGGGUGUGGAAUGAAUUUCGCAAUUUAAACUCUGCCAUGCUCGCGAUGAAGGAAGAGACGGAUCUCCCGUCGUUCCUCGAUGAUGUUGUGGCAAACUACCAGAUCUUGGCAUCGGAUGAAAUGAUCCCAUGCAUCGAACAGGGGGCUGACCUUUUUGAGUCGUUGGUGUCGUGCCACAUUGUUGAGACCAGUGGCUUUAGUUAUCCCCGCACUGUGCGGUUAUGUUUGAUGUGGCAUAUUCUCCAAACUGCAUACAGUCUCACAUCUCAGAUUCUCCAAAACAUGCCGUUGUGGUCACGGAUCCUCAACUUACCACUUGUGAGCAACCUAGAGGCUAAUGAUCUGGUUUGUGCGCUAUACGUGUUUGAGACGAUGAAGAAUGGCUUGUCGCCAGAGAUUGACGUAUCCAACCUUACCGGGUCGCCCCAGUUCGGGUCUGUGUUUUACUCCAUGCUUGUGAAGUGCUGUGUUCCAUACCUAAGAAGAUGUGCCAUUUGGGCGUAUGUUCAGUGUGACAAUCACUCGGGGAUAGCUGUGGAAGAGUGUCUUUCCCAGGAAAACCAAUUGUGUUCGUUGUUGCGCAUUCCACCCUUGACGGAAAUCUUCUCCACCUUUGUCACAUCUGGCCAGUAUGAAAAUCAGCGUCUCCACUCGUUCGCCAGCUAUUUGACCCGGAAUAACCUUAACCACAUCAAUGCAUCCAAGGUGGAAUAUCCCGGUAUCAUCUCCCUUAUUAAUCUUCCAGAGCGUAUGGACGACUUCUUCACGCGUUAUUACUACAAGGACCUCAACCACGAGAAUGCCGACCCAGCUGUAUGUUUGUUCUGUGGCGCGGUAGUGCAAAUUCAGGGUUCCUCUAUCGGAAGCCGUAUCGGACAGUGCAACCUCCAUGUGGAAAAGGAGUGUAUCAGCGAGUGCGGUAUCUUCCUUGUGCCCCGUUACUGUACGCUCUUGUUACUUUGGAAGGGGAAAGGGAGCUUCUACAAGGCUCCUUACCUCGACCCCCAUGGUGAGUUGGACGAAGAGCCUAGACAUGGGAAACCGCUCUACUUGAACCAAAAACGGUAUAAUGCAUUUGUCCGAAACAUCUGGCUCAACCACGGCGUGCAGAACGCGAUUGCACGAAAUUUGGAAAGCGUGAUUGAUAUUGGCGGUUGGGAAACGUUAUAG